CCAGCCAAUGAUCAGCUGGUGUCCGCAUCCCCAUCCUCCUCCUCCUCACCUCAGCACCACACACAGCGACAGGAGACACCUCACGUCCACGGACAACACACUCAACCCGGACUCCAUCACCAACAUAAAGCUUUCCUUCUACUUUUCCUCGCGUGAAGAAUGGCGUUUCGUGCGUGCUGGAUGGAGUUUUUGUAGUGAUCCCUCGGAGUGUGUUUAUUGUGUGUUCAUCGCAGUAAUGUGCUGCACUAGUGUCUGGAUUGUCUGCGGAGAGGAUAAACCGGGAUGGUAACGUGUUGUGUCUAACGAGCUUCGCCUUGACAAAAAGCACCCGCCACCCUCCCUCGAAUAUUUCUUGUGAGCGCUCGAAACUUAGCAGUCAUGUCUAAUCUUAACAAUGCACUUUGCAUCGAAAGCGGCCAGAGCCCCGACGUGUCACUCCUGCAAAAGGAUACUCUUCAGGACGUUGGAUUAAGCCAGCUGUUGGAUUACAAUGCAGAAAUGGAAAGGUACAGGUCGUUUGCAAACUUUUACAAAAGCAAUGGGGCAUUUCCACAGACUGCUAAGAUCGCCCGCAUAACGACACCAAUUUUUCCCAGCGCCAGAAUUGGCAUGUCCCCUUGGAACUGUGAUAACGCCAUGCUCUGGGGAAGGAAAUCAGCAGCAAUAAACCCUAAUAGGACCGGCAUGCAUAGAAACGACUCCCAAAGGCCGGGGAAACCUGGCGUGCCGCCAGAGACGCUGCAAAUGGCAAAUAAUAAUUUCCUCUCUAGCUUAUCCCCCGAGCACUGCAGACCUUUAGCAGGAGAAUGCAUGAACAAGCUGAAAUGCGGUGCUGCUGAAGCAGAGAUAAUGAAUCUCUCGGAACGUGUUGGAACUUUUUCCGCUAUUCCGGCUUUAGGGGGCAUCUCAUUACCUCCCGGGGUCAUCGUCAUGACAGCCCUUCACUCCCCCGCAGCCUCAGCAGCCGUUACAGACAGUGCGUUUCAAAUUGCCAAUCUGGCAGACUGCCCACAGAAUAAUUCCUCCGGAAACCCGGCGAAAAAGAAAAGGAAACGGUGUGGGGUCUGCGCGCCCUGCAGGAGGCUAAUCAACUGUGGAGUGUGCAGCAGUUGUCGGAACCGUAAGACGGGCCACCAGAUCUGCAAGUUUCGGAAAUGCGAGGAGCUAAAAAAGAAGCCUGGCUCAUCGCUAGAGAGAACGCCAGUAAACAACGGGGAAGCGUUUCGAUGGUUCUUUUAGGACUCUGAAACAAGUGACAUCAAAUGCAGUAAUGCCACAGACUGACCACAAAAAAACUCACAGGGACCCAAAAAGCGCAGACUGUGGACGACAGAGACUCAUGAGAGACGGCGGGACAAAAAAACAAAAACAAACUUUGCAAUUUUAUUUCCUGUGUAAUUAUUAUUGUACUAUUGGCAGCAUCAUAAUGUAUAUUUUUCAGUGUCUGUCAAUGUGUUUUAGUGUCUCGGCUGUGCAAGUUGCAGCCAUUCUUGUAAAGAACCGAGUAGACAAUCUCAGCCAGUGGACUAAUGGCCAAUGCAAUCACAAACCUCUUUAAAACACAACACAUAUUUUUAGAUCUGGAGCAAUAAUCAUAAAAGUAAUUGUUCUCUGCCAUCAUAUUCCAAGCGUUCUAUGGAAUGAUCGUAAGAAUACCUCUUGACCUCCAUUAUUAAUGUGAUGUUUAGUAAACAAAAGCCAGUACGUUUCUUUCUUUUCAGCUGUGUUGAUUUAGUUUGGCAUAUUGCAGUUGCGCAUUAGCUUGUUGCCAUUGUGCACUUUUAAAAGUACAGUAACACUGAGAGGUGAUUUAAGGUUGUUUGUAUAGUCUCGCAAAGUUUGAUUGGAUUCCAUUUAGUUUCGGUUGAAACUGUUUUAAAAGCUGCCCAAAGGUAGGUAGAGAACAUCACCGUAAGAUUCCUGACUUGCAUUUUUAAUUCUCAC